UUCUGUUUGGUACCGAAAAAAAAUACGCAACAACCUUUUACAUUCCACGUCUAUACCAGAGUUUCAUAUCACAUUUACAAGUGAAACAGACAGGAGGAGUUUAAAACUGUAGCAGCCAGAUGACGAAAUUUUCGCGUCUAAAGUAAGCGACGCGACAUGGUUUCUGUUGAAAGCACACGAACGAAAUGCAACCCUGGAGUGGUAACAAUUUGACGUUGGGAAGACAAGUGUGAGCUUGGACAGCAGGAAAGACAUCAAGAUGGAAAGACAGAAGAGAAAAGAGGAAAUACAGAAAGGCCUUCAGUUUAUCCAGUCUCCUCUACCUUUUCCUGGAACCCCAGAAGAAUAUGAGGCCUUCUUACGCAAGCUGGUCAUCAAUCUUUUUGUAGAUGGGAACUUCUUAUUCAGAGAAGGUGACCACAAAUCAGCACUGGCCCAGUAUGCAGAAGCAUUGAAUGUGGCAGAAUAUGCAGCAACAGACGAUGUGACCAUUUCCCCAGAUUUGCUAUGCAAACUUUAUAUAAACAGAGCUGAAUCAAGUUUCCUCCUGGAUGAGUAUGUGACUCAGUUGGCCCAAGACCUGGCACAGAAGUUAGGAUUAAGGGUCCGUAAAGCAUAUGUCCGUGCCAAGAAUGAACUGGAAACACUUGGAAUUGUUGAUAAUGAUUCAUCUUCAAUGUUAGAAACUCAGAUUCCCAUCUCCAAUGGGCUGGGCUCCAUAAAUGAUAUUGAAACAGAUUUUUCUGACCUCCCAUGCAUUCCUGCUCCGAUUCCCACUUCCAUUCCUGUUAGUGAAGGAUCCAUCACCACCACUUCUGACUCUAAAAGUCUGUUCCAUCAGUUGCCUGUUAGCACAUCUCAGGGGACAAGUGACAAGGUGCCUGUGCCAGAAAGCAUAGAUGAGUUUACUGAUCUCUUUGGAGAGGAGUUGGAUAGACAGCUGGACUCGAUAACUGAUGACCAAGGAAAUGUAAUGUCACAGGGCACUGUUCCAACAAACUUGCCAAUAAUUGUUUUUCCUAGUGGUGGGCCAUUACUUCCUCCAGGCGUUAAUGUGCCUAUCCCUCCCAACACAGUUUUACCACCAGCUUGCUUUGGCCAAGAAGGUUCUGGAAGACUGAAUGCACUGGACACUUUUGAAUCUCCAAAGACUGCCACAGUGAGUGGCUUGGAUGCACUGGAUAACUUCACUGUGACAAAUACUGCACCCAGCAAACUGGACACACUUGAUGGAUUUGAAAGCUCCAGCUCCUUGGAUACCUUAGACACCAUUUCUUUAGCGCCAUCUUCAACAUCAGCAAGGACGACUUCCCAGAGCACCAACAGCAGCCAACAUUCCAAAGCACCAGCGCCUAUGGCAAGAACUCCAGCCACCAGCAAUUCCAGUGUUACCUACUGUCAGAUAAAAGCUGAACCAGAGUUGUCCCUUUCAAGCCUUAUUACAGGACUUGCCCCUCUGAUCAAGAAUCCUCUGUCAGCUACUCAUGACUUCAGACAGGCUUGUCAUCGUUGCUUUCCAAAAACAGGUCCUAAGGCCUUUGACUACAUAUACAAAGAAGGGCUUGCUCACAAAUGUAAGAAGGACAUACUAAUUGGGAGGAUAAGGAGCUCACAAGAUAAGACCUGGAAAAGGAUUCGGCCACGGCCUUCUAAAAAUAAUUUUGCUGCAGCAUAUGACCUUUGUAAAGAUAUAACUAGUAGAGAAGAAUGUUAUUAUGGGGACAAUUGCACCUUUGCUUACUGCCAGGAAGAGAUUGAUGUAUGGACACAGGAAAGAAAAGGCACACUGAACAGAGACCUUCUCUUUGACCCGCUUGGUGGUAUAGAUCGAAGCUGCCUUACAGUUACUAGACUUCUGCAGGACCAUCGAGGUGUAUUCUUGUUCCUUUGUGAGUUGUGUUUUGAUAGUAAGCCCAGAUUAAUCAGUAAGAAGAACCAAGACACACCAGCUAUAUGCUCCAAUGCUGCUGUCAAGCAUAUCUUUGAAGAAAGCAAGUGUUUGGUGUACAUGUUGCGGUCCACUACAGUGAAGUAUUCUAAAAUACGUCCUUUCAAUGAGCAUUGCCAGUUUGACGUCUGCCGCCAUGAGGUGCGGUAUGGGUGUCAGCGUGAAGAUAGCUGUUGCUUCGCCCACAGUUUCAUGGAGCUCAAAGUCUGGCUUCUGCAGCAAGCAUCAGGAAUCAGUCAUGAAGAGAUCGUGCUGGAAGCAGAACAGUUCUGGCAGAAUGAAACUGCCCGCAGUAAAGCAGCGAACAACAAGCAGUCUCAAGGAGGCACAAAAUCUAGCAAUCUAGAUCUGAAAAUGAAGUUUGUGUGCAGUCAGUGUUGGAGAAAUGGACAGGUCAUUGAGCCAGACAAGGGUUUGAAGUACUGCAGUGCCAAAGCUCGCCACAGCUGGACCAAAGAACGAAGGGUCCUCCUUAUUAUGUCCAAAGAACGGAAGAAGUGGGUUGCUGUCCGACCACUCCCUUCCAUCAGGAACUUUCCUCAGCAGUAUGAUAUAUGCAAUCACAUCCAGAAAAAUAAGAAGUGUCAAUAUGUUGGGAACUGCACCUUUGCACACAGCCCUGAAGAAAGAGAUUUUUGGACAUAUAUGAAAGAGAGUAACUUGCGAGAUAUGGUGCAGGUCUAUGAUAUAUGGUUGAAGAAUCAAAAUCAGGCUGGAGAAAGUACAACUCUGGGCUCCCAGGAUGGAGAGAAACAGAUCCAGAUGCCCACAGACUAUGCUGAGGAUAUGAUGGGACUUCACUGCUGGUUGUGUGGAAAGAACAGCAACAGUGGAAAACAAUGGCAGCAACAUAUCAGGUCUGAGAAACACAAGGAAAAGGUAUUCUACUCUGAAGAGGAUGCUGGUGGCUGGCGCUUUCGCUUCCCAAUGGGAGAAUUCAAACUCUGUGAAAAGUUCUUCAAGGGCAAGAUGUGUAUAGAUGGCCCCAAGUGCAAGUUUGCCCAUGGUCAAGAGGAGCUUAAUGAAUGGCUUGACCGAAAGCAUGUCUUGGAAUCAAAACUCACAAAGGCACGCAAGGACAUGCUUCUAGACCCUGAUGACAAUGACUUUGGGAAAUAUAACUUCUUAUUGAAAGAACUGAAUUAAAUUAUAACAAGGGUUCUGCUGAAAAUCCUUAAACCUUUAAAAUAAUUAAUCCUACCAAACAAUGGAAAGAGAUAUGAAAUGUAAUUCUGAGAUGUUACAAUGACGUUUUUGUUUUCAUUUUUUUUGUUUCAUUGAAAACUUCGUUGUUGUUUUAGGACUGACUUUUGGGGUUCCUGUUUUUCAGGCUGCUGGUCAUAAGAUGGUUUUAACUUUUUUUAUGUCUGAACCAUCCUUUGGCAGUGAAAUGCAGGCCCUCUUUUCUGGACUGACAGACAGGGGAAUGAUAGCUGUUGCUGUCCUUCAUAGUACUUAACUCUAUUUAUUUCUUCUCCAAAUUAUUAUCCAUUAACUGCUGCAAUCAGAGAAGCUGCCGUUCAGUAAUGCUUACAGCAAGAUGAUGCAGAGAAAGUGUAAGCAAGCUACCUGCUGAGGUUGUUGCAUUGACUCCAGGAAAGAAUUUUAGUUAUUAAAACCAGUGUCAUGUGAUUAACAGGAGGGCUUAACAUUUUUUUUUAGCCAGCUGACACGAGUGGUGGGCAGUAGCUAUAAAAAGCAAUAUUUGAAAGUAAGUUAUAGAUAGAAACUUACAAAAUGAAACAGAUUUAAGGCUGUGGUAUUUUUGGAUCUAAAGUUAUUGUACAUGAAGUCCUAAUUUGUAGUAGAGUGACUGCUCUUGAGGCUUAUUAUCCUACAUAAUGUCGAAUGUAGCAUGGAAUGCAGAAUGUGCCUACACUUGAAAUGAAGGAGUCAUCUACCCCUUAACAAUGAAUGAUGUUCUAACUUUAUUUGUUUAGGGUUGCUGAGGUUUCAUCAAAGUCUUUUCCCUGUUAUAGCAGCAGUAUUUACGAGUUAGUAUAUCUUUGUACUAAUUUUCUUCCCAAAAUGUUUCUAACAGCGUUAGAAAUUCAGCAUGGUUUUCCUUUUAUUUGGAAUCAGAAAAAUUAUUUUCAGCUGUUUUUGUAUUGAAUGACCUAUUACAGAGAAGAGCCACAUUUCUAGAGUGAAUGUUUAAGCAAGGGCACCUUUUGUCUGUAAAUACUGUAUCUGUACUGUGGAUAGGUUGGAACAGCUAAGAUGGUAGGUAACACUGUACUCUGGGUCAGUGUGCAUAAUAUUUUCAUAGUGGACAGUGCAGAAUAGUAGACAUGUAAUACACCAUCAAAACUGUGUAUUUGCGGUGAAGAGAAUUACAUGACUGUAUUAUUUCAUGAAGAAAGAUGCUACUAAAGUAAUCCAGUAUAGUGUGUGGCAAAUACGGCUGCUUUAAAAUAAGUUGCUGGAGGUAGGCAGUAGUGGACUCUUUAAAUUUUUGUCAUCUUUUACUGACUGUUAAUGUGAUAUUGUAUCACAGAGGAUGAUUUCAUUAGCUACACUGUCACAGCGGUCAGAAUAGUCUGAUUCUUGGCAGGGUGCUUACUUUGUGUGUGGAUUGUGCAUAUUCUCACUGUGUCUGCAUGGAUUUUCACUGAGAUAUAUCCAAAGACAAGUUGGUAGGUGAAAUGGUAAUCCUCAAAAUUGUUCAGAGAUGUAAACAUCAUGUAAAUGAGAUAUGAAUCCUUUGA